UUUGUUGGUGAUUUUGGUGAAUUCAAGUUGAUGGUUUUUUGUGUGUUGUUGAUUUAAUUAAAAAAAUUAAAUCAUUAUGAGCAAUAAUCAAUCCCGCUGGUAUUUUAGUAAAGAAUCUUUAAUUAAUACUCCAUCGAGAAAAUGUGGAAUCGAUUAUGACAAAGAAAUGUCUUACCGACAACAAGCAGCCAAUUUAAUCCAAGACAUGGGAAGACUUCUCAAAGUGGACCAAUUGUGUAUAAAUACUGCUAUCGUGUACAUGCAUCGGUUUUACAUUUUCCACUCUUUUCAGAGAUUCCACCGAAAUGCAAUAGCAGCUUGUGCUUUAUUCCUUGCUGCCAAAGUGGAAGAACAACCUCGAAAAUUAGAAUAUGUUAUCAAAGUUGCUCAUACUCUUCUAAAUCCUAACCAACCACCAUUAGACCCAAAGAGUGAUUAUUACCUAGAACAAGCUCAAGAGUUGGUGGUCAAUGAAAAUAUCAUGCUGCAAACACUUGGUUUUGACAUAGGCAUAGAGCAUCCUCAUACCUUUAUAAUUAAAUGUUGCCAGCUAGUUAAAGAUGUAUUUGCAGCGCACAAAGACCUCGCUCAAACAUCAUAUUUCAUGGCAACCAACAGUCUACAUUUGACGACAAUGUGCCUACAAUAUCGCCCGACAUUAGUGGCCUGUGUAUGUAUACAUUUAGCAUGCAAAUGGUCAAAUUGGGAGUUGCCGCAGUCAUCAGAAGGAAAAGACUGGUUUUAUUAUGUUGAUAAUUCGGUUACUUCUGAAAUUUUAGAAGAAUUAACAUCAGAAUUUUUAGCAAUUUUGGAUAAAUGUCCAUCUCGUUUAAAAAGUAAAAUUCUCGCCAGUGCCAAAAAACAAGGGAAUUCAACUAACGACGCGAAUGCACAUUCAACUCCAAAGAAGGAUAGAAAAGGUUCAUCUGUUAAAAAUGAAACGAAAUCAAAACAAUUACCAUCAUCAUCAUCGUCCUCAUCUGGUUAUAAUCAACCAUCAACAUCUAAAGCAGAUGAACCAUCUACAUCAACAUCAACCUCCACACCAACAAUUCCAGUGCCCAGUAUGACCAAGAAGCAAUCUCCACCUUCACCAACUAAAAAAUUCAAAGAUGAAACAGUUAGAACGCAUUCCACGACGCACUUAUCUCAAGUAUCUGGUCAAUUAACUAAUGUACACAAUUCAUCAAAUUUGAAUGCUCAUAAUACAACCACAGAUAGUAGACAACGUUCUCAGUCAAUUAAGGAUGAGAAAAAGCUUUCACUAUUGAAAAGUGAUACUAAAUCUAAACCACCUUUACCUCAUCCGCCAUCAUUAUCAUCAUCGUCGUCUCAUUCUGGUCAGUUAUCCACAUCAAGACAAAGCAGUGAGAUGUCGUCUUCAAUUCCGUCCAUUAGCUCUAGUGAAUUUGAUAAAAGGUCGCCUUCACCGGUUACAAGAAAAAACAAAAAGGAGAUUCUUCCACCUUUUCCUAAUAAACCUCAACCUAAUUCUCACAGUUCCUCUGGUCAAAACGUAGCUAAUAAUUCAAUCAACUAUAAUCCUCAUUUCCAAGGAAAUUCCAGUUUUACUAAUGAAACUAGACCUAGACCAGCAUUUAAGGAGGAUAAAAUAUCUCCAAUAAAAAAUGAAGUUAAUCGACCUAAACCAGUAGCAUCAGUAUCAAAUAAUCACUCUUCUCAAGCCAAAUUUCUUGGUGAUGUAUCAAUGAAUUUAAAUGUUAAUCAAUCAAAUGCCAAUGUGAAGAAAGAAAAGAGGUCACCCUCACCAGCUGAUACAAGAAAAAGAGUCGAUUAUCCAACAAAUUUACAAAAAAGCUCCAAUGCUGCCGGCCAUAGUUCUCAAUCUGGUCAUACAACUUUUUCUGCUUAUAAGGAUAAACGAGAGAAAGAAAAAAUUUUACCCCAACCACAAACUGAACUCAUUAAUAAUAAAUCAAAGGAUAGACCAUCUUUGGAUAGGAAUACAAAAUUGGAAAAGGUCGAAAGGCUGGAUCGUCCCGAGAGAGAAAGAAUUGGUCAUCAUGAACGAGUAAAUAAAGUAGAUCAUCAUGACUAUAGAGAAAGAAGGGAAAGGAUUGAAGGCCCAGAUCAUCAUGAUAAUCGUCACGAUAAACCAGAACGUGUUGAUAAAACUAUUAAACAAGAUAGAAAUGAUCCUUUUGAUAGGAUUUACUCGCAAUUGCCACCACUUCAACAUCUCCAACCACCACCUCAUCAGCCUAUUAUCAAUACCCCUAUUACAGAUAAUUUUAAAGAUUUUGCAGCUAAUUCAAAUGAAAUUCCUCGAAUGCCUCGAUUAAUACCUCAAGCAAACCAAGAACGAUUUGAUAGACCUAUGAAACAAGAUCGAUCUCAAGAACCUCAACAACAAAUGUUACACCACCACCAACAACAACAAUUAGACAUUCAUCAACACCAAAUGUUGCAACAUCAACAGUUACACCAACAACAAUUGCAACAAAUUCCUCAUUUACAAACACAACCACAACCACAACCACCACAUUAUUUUCAUCCAUACCAAACACAACAACAACAACAACAACAACAACAACAACUUCAAUUUCAACAAUUAAUCCCUCAUCCGCCACAAUUACCGCAAAUACAAUCCCAGUUACAUCACCAACAACAACAACAACAAGUUAAUCCUUUUGAUCAACAAUCCGAGAUGAGUAUAAAUGAAGAUAAAGAUAUAGGUAUUAUUAAAGGUGAAUUUGAAGGACCUGGUGAAAAGCUUUUAGACUCAGUUAACGAAUUUGAUCAAGAUCAAACAGGCGAAGAGGUUGAAGAUGAUCUGGAUGAUAAAUUAAAAUCAAAAGAUAAACAUCACCAUCGACAUCAUCGUCAUCAUCAAAGUAGCUCAUCUAAACAUCAUCAUCACAGUCAUGGGCAUAAAAAACAUCAUAAAGAAAAACACAAGAGUAAACAUAAGCAUAAGGAUAAGGAGCGAGAUCGAGAUCGAGAUCGUCAUCGUAAUGAUCAUGAAGAAGUUAAUCAUCGUGAUAAAGACUUUAAAUUAACUUUAACAGUGCCUAAAGAGGAUAAAAGUGAGGAAGAAAUAGAAAGACCAUCACCAAUUAAACUAAAAAUUUCCAAACAAAAAAUAAAUUACAGUGGAAGUGAAAGUGAUUUAAAUAGUGAGACACCUUCUAGUUUAAGGAUUGUGAUACCAAAAGAUAGACUCGGAGGUAAUGGUGGAGGUGGAAAUUCAAGUAAUAACACCAUGACCAGAAAUGAUAAUUUAAAUAUGCCAUCAUCUUCAACCCGUAAAAGGAAAACAAGUCCUAACGAGUCUACAUCAUCAUCUUCAUUUCUAGAUCGUGAAAUUAAAUUAAAGAAAGAAAAAUUCAUUGAUUAACUGGGAAUUAAACUUCAUCAAAGAAAAUACCAAAAAUCAAAAAAAAAUAUCAACAUCAACCAACAUUAAAAAACCAGCAAAAAAAUAACACAACACAACACAUACACACACACACACCAUCAUCAACAACAACAACAAUAGAGAAAUCCCUAAAUCUACAUUUUCAAAAAAAGAAACUUGCUAAUGAAUACAAUGUAUAUUUAAUUAAUUAAUAUUGAGUAAUCUAUUAAAUGAUAAUAAAUGAACAAAAAAUAUUGAUUAUCGUAAUAGAAA